UUCACAAUAUAAUUUUGGAUAUCUUACGUGUAAAUUUAGAAAAGUUAAUCAGCAAUGACCGACGAUUCCAAUGGAGAAUCGACAUUUGAAUUUGUCGAAAGAAAGACGGACGAAUCGUCCACAUCUGGAGAAAUCGCGAAAACAGAUUCUUUUAGCAGUUUAUCUUCAUCUGCAUCUUUGUUAAUGCCAUUAGGCGUGACAACAUCUACAGGAAAUUUAUUAUCAAAUAUAGCACCACCUACUGCAUUGCCUACCUUUAUUUCAAAUCCUAGGACAUUGUUCUCAGAAAAAUCUAAUAAUGUGGUACCAGCUAUAGAAAAGAUAAAUGAAUCAGAACCUGUUAAAUCAAUGUUAAAUGCUGUUGUUCAAUCUAAGCCAGUACAACAAGAGUCACAUCAAGUAACUACAACCAGUGCUAUUACUCCAUCCACACAAAAUGUACAAACAACAGUGCCAUCAGAACCUGUAGAUCAUGAUUCAGGAAUAGUUGGUGGAGGUUUAUUAUCAUGGGUUAAGGAAACAGUAGUAAACAGUAAUGUUCUGAGCAAAGUUGCUGAAAAAGCAAAACAUAGUGUUAAUACUAUGAUCACCACAUUAGACCCCCAGAUGCGUGAGUUCAUUUAUUCUGGUGGUGAUAUGGAGAUUGUAGUGGCAUCAGACAAAGAUAUUAAAAUAAGUCCUGUUCGUCAAGCUUUCCAAACUGUCUUUGGGAAAGCAACAGUCACUGGUGUGGUAGUAGAAAGUUCAGCUGUUGCUGCUCAACCAGUUGGUUUUGCCGCUGGAGUGAAAGGAGCAGAAGAGAGGAUUAAUUUUGCACGAAAUAUACCAAAUCUUGCAAAAGAUAUACCUAUAAUUGCUGUAGAAAAUUUUUUGUUAGAAGUUGGUGAAGAUAAGUGGUAUGAUUUAGGGGUAAUAUUACUUAAUGAUCCUAAACGCAACGUAAAUUUACAAACAUUCACUCAAAUGACACCAGUACCAAGCCAAAUAGUAACAAUGGCACAAGAGGCCACACCUGAAGAUUAUCCUCUUAAAUGGUCUGGAUUAGCAGUUACUGUUGGCAGUUUAAUGGCAAGCAGUUUACAGGUUUCUCAUAACGAGUGGCACCAUGCCCUAACCGGAGUUUCCAGGAGGGACAUCAUACUUUUAGCAGUUCAGUCUCUAGCUGGAAUCUACAAGAACACAAUUAAUCCUGUCUAAAUUUAUGAAGAAUACAUCGACGCAAUUUAUCAACGCGUUUUUGUAAAUACAACUUUACUAAUUUAUGAUAUUCUGAAAUCUAUUUUCAA